AUGCGCCCUGGAGCUCCCAGAAGCACAGUCGACCGCCUCGACCGGCCGAGCGCCUACUACCAGAGCAGGAACAAGCGCCGGCGUGACCGCGACGAUGACCACGAGGCGCCGCCAGAGCCCGCCGUCGAUCCCCUCGCCAAUGCCACGACGCUCUACGUCGGCAACCUAUCCUUCUUCACCUCGGAAGAGCAAAUCUACGAGCUCUUCUCCAAGUGCGGCGAGAUCAAGCGCCUCGUCAUGGGCCUCGACCGCUUCCAAAAGACGCCCUGCGGCUUCUGUUUCGUCGAGUACUACACGCAUCAGGACGCCCUCGACUGCAUGAAGUACAUUGGAGGCACCAAGCUCGACGAGCGCAUCAUCCGCACCGAUCUGGACCCGGGCUUCGAGGAGGGCCGCCAGUACGGCCGCGGCAAGUCGGGCGGCCAGGUGCGCGACGAGUAUCGCGAGGACUACGACGAGGGCCGCGGUGGCGUGGGCAGGGCCAUCCAGGCGGAGCGGUUGAGGGACUAUGAUGAGGAGGGUCGUUACAUGCGAUAG